AACUCCCGGAGGGACGGCGGCCCGAGACCGCGGCGCCCCGGCUUGGCGCCGAGCCUGAGCCCGCCGGACGGGAGGCGGCCCAGCCGCGGGCUCGGCCUCGGCCCCGGUCCCGCCAGCAUGGCCGGCCGGACCGUGCGGGCCGAGACCCGGAGCCGGGCCAAGGAUGACAUCAAGAAGGUGAUGGCGACCAUCGAGAAGGUCCGGAGAUGGGAGAAGCGCUGGGUGACUGUGGGCGACACUUCCCUUCGUAUCUUCAAGUGGGUGCCAGUGGUGGACCCCCAGGAGGAGGAGCGUCGGAGGGCAGGUGGUGGGGGAGAGAGAUCCCGAGGCCGGGAGCGGCGGGGCAGGGGCGCCAGUCCCCGAGGGGGUGGCCCUCUCAUCCUGCUGGAUCUCAACGAUGAGAACAGUAACCAGAGUUUCCAUUCGGAAGGCUCCCUGCAAAAGGGCACUGAACCCAGCCCUGGGGGCACCCCCCAGCCCAGCCGCCCUGUGUCACCUGCUGGACCACCAGAAGGGGUCCCAGAGGAUGCUCAGCCCCCAAGGCUGGGCCAAGAGAGAGAUCCUGGGGCCGUAACUGCAGGCAGCACCGAUGAACCCCCAAUGCUGACCAAGGAGGAGCCUGUUCCCGAAUUGCUGAAGGCUGAGGAUUCGGGAGUGCGGAUGACCCGACGAGCCCUGCACGAGAGAGGCCUGAAGGCUGAGCCCCUCCGGCGGCUCCUGCCCAGAAGGGGCCUCCGGACCAGCGCCCGGCCGGGGUCGGCGCUGCUGCCCGCAGGAGGAAGCAAAGCUCCGAGGGCGCCCAGGACGGUUCCCCAGGGGAAGGGGAGGUGA